GACAGCACCUGACCUCCUUCUACUCUACGACGUCGUUUCACCUUUCUCUUCCGUUUCCACCCGCCUCUCCCUCUGCAAGAAGCCCUAAUCAUUACCUCCUCAAAUUUCCACUUCACUUCCUCUCCAAUGGCCUCUGAAGAAAUGGGCCUUUUCUCGGCCCAACGUCUCGAUAACGGGCUCAAUCCACACCCCCAGCUCGUUUUCCCUGAGAGCUUCAGCUGCGGCCCACCGCCGCCGCCUCCUCGCCGUGAUUCCGCCGCCGCACCCGCUGCUUCUGCUUCCGCCGUUGGUGACCCCGGUCCGAAAACCACGCGUGAGCUCACCGGAUUCCUCGACCACCACAACUACUUCCGCCCCCAGCCGCAGCAGGCCACCGAGUUCCGCGGCGGCUCCGUGUUCGCCGACCGCCGGGAUUGCCACAACUGGAACACCAGUAGCCGAGCCUCCACCACUCCCAGCGGCGACGGAUCGGAGGACGAUGAAGACGACGACGACGAGGAUGAUAAUGAAGACGAGAAUGAAGCCGAAGGCCGCGCGCUUGUUGUUAGUCACAACAAUAAUAGUAAAGUUAAUAACAACAGUGAUAAAGUUGGAAAUCAGAAACCUAAAGACAUACCUAAUUUUGGUUCGACAGUUGCAGAUGAAGCAAGAAAUGCAGUGACAAUUGCAGAUGCCAAUGGGACAAUUUAUUACUCACAGUAUUUGCAGGGGACAGGAGUGAGUUCAGGUCAAAAGGAUAUUGUGGUGAUUGAUAAUGGAUGUGGGUUUAGUGGGAGAAAAGAGAGUUCAUAUUCAAGUGAAUCUGGGGAGUCCUUGAGAGCAAUCCUUUCUGAUCCUAUAACAGGUGCACUUAUGGAUGAUGGUGUGAUAUUGCCUUGUGGGCAUUCCUUUGGUAAUGGUGGAGUAGAACAUAUAAUUAGAACGAAAGCUUGCUAUAGUUGUGCACAACCCGUGUCUGAGGAUUCAGUGGCCCCAAAUCUUUCUCUCCGGGCUGCUGUCCAGGCAUUUCGUAGAGAAGAAGAGUUACAAGUUAAUCGCCCGCCAAAAAGAAGAAAGGAAAGACCCGAGCAGGAGAAGGGAACGUCUGGUGAUUCAAUGCUCGGAGACCAUCCGAGAAGAGGAGUGCAGUUUCCAUUUGUCGUGACUGACAGGGUCAUAAUAAAGGGUAACAAGCGGACACCACUGCGUUUUGUUGGACGAGAGGCUGUUGUCACCACUCAAUGCUUGAAUGGAUGGUAUGUGGUCAAGACAUUGGACAACGCAGAGAGUGUAAAAUUGCAGUAUCGUUCCCUUGCAAAGGCGCCAGAUCGUUCAUCCUCGCAAACUAUCUCGAGUAGCAAGACAGCCAACUGGCUGUAGUGUCGUUUUUCUCAGUGUAAUCUAGCUUUUGUAUUCUUUAAAUGACUGCCAGCAAGGGGGUAUAGAUGUAUAUUCUACAGAAAUCAAUGUAAUAUACACAAAUGAGGAUAGAGAUGUGAAUGAUUGAUACACAAGUAAAA